ACGGCCGUUAAUAAAACCGCGGGCUGGGAAAACAAAACAAGAAAGACGGGGUGGCGUGUGUGGUUAUUUAAGGAAUGAAAGAAGGGUAUAUCGGGGAAUUAGAAAAGUUGCGCAUAAGACAAAACAAGCAACGAGAGUAGAAGAAGAAGAGGAAGAUGCAAUUGUAUGAGAUGUUGAUGAUGAUGAUGAUGCAGAUCUUGUUGAUACUCACAACUCAUAUGUCAUUAUCCAUUCUCGCACCCUCAAAACACCCUCUUCUUCAUCUUCACCUUUCUUCUUCAUUGCUCGUUUUGAACUGAACCCAAAAAAAAAAAAAAGGUUUCAUUUCGAACUGGGGUGUUGGGUAUUGUGUUCCAAGUUUUGAAAUUUGGGUAAUAAUUUCGAGGAUUCAGAAUCUGGGUGUUUGUGGGGUUAGUGUGAUUGUAACGAAAGAUGGAGUCUUGGUCAUCGGUUGAUGGAGUAGUGGAAGAGAUAAUGAGGAUUCAUAGAUCUUUGCCAGCUAGACCAGGGAUUGAUGAAGUUGAAGCGGCGAAAGGUUUGAUUAUAAAUGUUGAGAAGGAAGACCAAGCGAGGCUUGAAUCCAUAGCGAGACAAAGCAAGGGACCUGAUGUGCCUGAAGAGCUUUUCAUGGUUCUUCAAGAGAUGCAGAAGAACAUGGUUUAUUUCCAGAGCAAGGAGCAGAAGAGGGAGGCUAUGAAACUGCUUGAUCUUGAGAACGUUCACUCUCUGUUUGAUGAUUUGAUUCAGAGAGCUUCCCAGUGUGUUUCCUCUCCUCCUUCCAAUUCCACUUCUCGCAAAACCAGUCACUCCAACUGUUCCACUUCCACUGUUUCCACUAGCUUCUCUAUUAAUUCGGUUUCUGCUUCAGCUUCUCUGGGCGGUUUUGAUAAGCCUCUUCCUGUAGCCGCUGCUGCUGCUUCUUCCAGCUUGUUCAAUGCAGAGAAAGAACCUGUGAAGACUUCUGAGUUGUUCACACGAGAUGACAGUUAUGUAAAGAAGGUCAAGUCCACAUUCUACUCCAACGGGUAUGGAAUUGAACCUAGUAUCCCUUCCAAACCCCAGAUAUUGGAUUCAUCAUUAAAUUUAAAACCCACAACUACUUCAGGUAAAGAUGGUGAUAAGUUGAGUUUGAUAAAACUUGCUAGCUUAAUUGAAGUUUCUGCAAAGAAAGGAACUCGUGAUCUCAAACUCCAGAACAAGUUGAUGGACCAAGUUGACUGGCUGCCUGAUUCGAUAGGAAAGUUAUCAAGUUUAUUCACCCUUGAUUUAUCUGAGAAUAGGAUUAUGGCCUUACCUUCUACAAUUGGAGGCCUUUCAUCCUUGACUAGAUUGGACUUGCAUGCCAAUAGGAUCACGGAGCUCCCUGAUUCUGUUGGAAAUCUCCUUAGUCUGGUAUAUCUAGAUCUGCGGGGAAACCAGUUAUCAUUCCUGCCUGCUUCUUUUAGCAGAUUGGUUCGUCUUGAGGAGCUUGAUUUGAGUUCAAAUCAGCUUCCAGUGCUUCCUGACUCUAUAGGGUCACUUGUUAGCCUAAAAAUAUUGAAUGUGGAAACAAAUGAUAUAGAAGAAAUUCCACAUUCUAUUGGUAAUUGUUCUUCCCUUAGAGAGCUCCGCGCUGACUAUAAUCGGCUUAAAGCCCUACCUGAAGCUGUAGGAAAGAUUCAGAGCCUGGAGGUUUUGUCCGUGCGGUACAAUAACAUCAAACAACUGCCUACAACAAUGUCAUCUCUAACAAACCUGAAAGAACUUGAUGUAAGUUUCAAUGAGCUUGAGUCAGUGCCUGAGAGCUUAUGUUUUGCUACCUCGCUUGUCAAGAUGAACAUAGGAAACAAUUUUGCUGACAUGAGAUCCUUACCAAGAUCCAUUGGAAACCUCGAAAUGCUUGAGGAAUUGGAUAUCAGCAAUAAUCAGAUACGUGUUCUUCCUGACUCAUUUAGGAUGCUCACUCGACUACGCGUCCUGCGAGUGCAAGAGAAUCCUCUUGAAGUUCCACCAAGGCAUAUAGCUGAGAAGGGAGCACAGGCUGUUGUUCAGUACAUGUCUGAGCUUGUGGAGAAGGGAGAAAAGAAGGAUGUUAAAUCACAGCCACUCAAGCAGAAAAAGAGUUGGGCUCAGAUCUGCUUCUUUUCAAAGUCUAACAAAAGAAAGCGUGACGGGGUUGAUUAUGUGAAAGCUUAAUUUCAUAUACUGACAUUGGCAAGCAUCAGAUUCCACGAGUGAGUUGAGUUGUUUUCCAGGUCAACACAUCAACAUCAAAAUUGGUGUGAAUAUUGAUUAUGAAAUAGUUAUAGGCUUAACCUUAAUGUUUGUUGCUCUGAUUAACUUAGGUUCACUACUUGUGGCAUGGCUGGAGUUCUUCAGAGGGAAUGAUAGCUAAGAGGGAAGCCAUGGCUGCUGAUGUUUUCUAUUUUCCUAUUUGGCAGGGAUAUGCAUUUGGAAAUAGAGACAAAUAUACCUCAAGAGUCUGUGGUCAAUAAUAUGUUAAGAAAUGGAUCGUAAGAGAAUGAAUUGACAGCCUUCGUUGGCUGUUAUAAUUUGCUUUGACUUGGCGGCACAAAUUGUAGAUUUCAUUGUUCUAUAUUUUCUGAUUUUUUUUCUUUUCCUGUAAAAUUUGAAUUUUCGAUUUGAUUUCAUUUGUAUUUCUGUUGUCUUGAAAGUAGAAAGAAAUGUACACAAUCCAACAGGCAAACUAGAGAUGGAUAGUGGAGGGAGAAACCGUAGAUGAUUAUGUACUAUGUUUAAUUGUUUAUGUAUGUAGAAGUGCACCUUCACUCCAUUGUUAAACGAAUUAUUGUUACCUUUUG